AUGUCUUCCUCGGCAAAGCUCUCCCCAAAUUCCGCUGUAUGGUUGAAUCAAUCUGCGAAGCUAGAAGUCAAACCCGCGCCUUAUACUCGGCCCUCGAAGAAUGAGAUUGUUAUAAAAAAUGGAGCUAUUGCUAUUAACCCAGCAGAUUGGAUGAAACAAGAUUUGGAUGGCUUGCUAUUCCCUUGGGUGAAAUAUCCAUGCAUUCUUGGAUAUGAUGUAUCUGGAGAAGUAGUUGAAGUUGGAAAUAGUGUUACGCGGUUUAAGGUUGGAGAUCGUGUCGUGGGCAUGGCAAUGGGAACCACAGAGCCAUCGAAUACUCCUACGCAAAGUGCUUUUCAGCUCUACACUGUUUUGUUGGAGAAUAUGACUUCGCCAAUUCCGGAUAAUUUGUCGUAUGAACAAGCUUCCGUUUUGCCUCUGGGAGUUUCUACAGCUGCUGCUGGGCUAUUUCAAAAGGAUCACCUGGCACUAGGAUUGCCGUCGGUCUCCCCAAAACCAGCCGGGCAAACUUUGCUUAUUUGGGGUGGUUCAACCAGUGUUGGCAUCAAUGCUAUUCAGUUAGCCGUCGCAGCUGGUUACGAGGUCAUUACUACCUCAUCUCCCAAGAACUUCGAGCUGUGCAAGAAAUUCGGUGCAAGUCAAGUGUUUGAUUACAACAGCAAAUCGGCAGUUCCUGAUAUUAUAAAUGCAUUCAGAGGCAAGACUUGUGCUGGUGCAAUGUCUAUCGGGAAAGGAGCUUCAGAUGCAUGUAUGGAUAUCGUCGAUAAAUGCAAUGGUAAGAAAUUUGUUGCGAUGGUUUCUUAUCCAAUGUUACCACCACCGAAACGAUUCAUAUUCCCGAGGUUCAUUUCUACGUUCAUUCUUUGGACGAUUUCCAAUGAGAUCAAGAAAGUACUCCGAGGUAUCAAUAACAAAUUCGUCGAUGGCUCAACUGUGGUAAUGAAUGAGGUUGGCGAGGCUGUGUAUUCCAAAUUUUUGCCACAAGCGUUAGAGAAGGGUAGCUAUAUUGCGGCUCCUGAGGCGAUGGUAAUUGGAGAGGGAUUGGGGCUCGUAGAAAAGGGGAUGAAAAUGCAGAGGAAAGGAGUUUCUGCUAAGAAAAUCGUUAUCUCGUUGGCAUAG